GUAGUAUGGCGACCGGCAUAGCGUGGUGAACAGAGAGAAAAUUGGAUUAUUGAAGCUGCUGUUGCCACGUUCAUGGAUGCCACUUUGAUAGGAUAGAGAAGCCGCUGUAUGCAGGAUGAUACGAAGAUCUAGAAUUAGCGUCAGGCCUAACGUAAGGCCGGGUGGUAGGGGCCUGUCCUCUUCAUCUCAAGAACCGAAGCCAGCGGCAGAGCCUCCUCCUGGCUCUCCAAAAGCCCAAAAGAGAGAUGCUGCUGGUAGAGAGCCCCAGGAUGAAGCACUCAAAGCUGGGUCUGAGAGUGCACCACCGCCUCCCCCCUUAACCAAAGACACUCGAGCUGAACAGCAAGCUUCCCUUAACCAGGAGGAAAAGAACCACAAUGGGAAAGCCUCUGGUAACAGCGUCCCGCCUGCUACUCCCAUACAGAGAAGAAAACGAAUUUCUGCAAUGCCAAACCUAGCCAAACCCAGAACUGCACCACCACAAGCCAGAACACCCCGUCCAGCAGCUUCGGGCACUGCAAAGAAUAAAGAGCCCACUCCAAAGGACAGCGCAGUGUUGGAGAACACUGCCCCACAAACUCUCCCCAAGUCACCUGGCCGAAGAAGGGCCUCCGCAGGGCCUCCGCAGCUGAAGGUGCCUGACAAGAAAUCUGGAAAUCUAAAGGAAGUGAAAACUGCCCCAGCAAGUCAAGACCCAGCUGCUGAUUCAAACCAGAGCAGGAACGAUGAAACACAGCAGACACAUGACUGCCCAUCUAAAUUAAAAACCUCUCAGGAUAGCUUCUGUGUAGACGAUCACUGGCCCUCUUCUCCUGGUAAACUGAAAGCCUCACAAAAUGACAUCUGUGUAGAUGACCACCACCCCCAUCCGGAACAUUCUCAGGGUAAACUGAAAGACUCUCAAAACAGCACUUGUAUAGAAGAAAAGCAAAGGCGACCUGAAUCUUCAUUGCCGCUUAGAAAGAGCACUGCUUCCUCGGACCGGGAGAGGAUAAUUAAGGCCAGAAAGCUUCGAGAACUCCUUAAAAAAGAGAUCAGAAAGGAAAAGAAACAAAAGAAGGGGAAGACCCCUGAUUUUGAAUUCAUCACCCCAGUGGACCGUUCCAAAAUGACAAUGAGGGACUUUAUAUACUAUUUGCCAGAGAACAAUCCAAUGAAGUCUUCCCUAGAAGAGGAGAGAAGAGAAAUUGAUAAAGUGAUUGGGCCCAUGCCCUCCAAAGAUCCAGCUAAUAAAGCCCCUUUGCGCCCCCCUGUGAGGGACGAAGAUGAAGAUGAUCAUGAAGAGGAGGAUGUGGAGCACGUCCAAGACGAUCAGGUUCUGGUUCCCAGAGUGAAAGUAGCCGAAGACGGCUCCAUUAUUAUUGAUGAAGAAAGUUUAACAGUGGAGGUUUUGAGAACGCAGGGUCCUAACGUGGUGGAGGAGAAUGAUCCUGUUUUUGAGCGAGGUUCCACAACAACAUACUCCAGCUUCAGGAAAUCCACUCACACCAAACCUUGGACCAAUAGAGAAACGGACAUGUUCUUCUUGGCUAUCAGCAUGGUGGGAACGGAUUUCUCUAUCAUCGGUCAGCUGUUCCCUCACAGAGCCAGAGUAGAGAUCAAGAAUAAAUUUAAAAGAGAAGAAAGAGAAAAUUCCUGGAGGAUAGAUAAAGCAUUCAAGGAGAAAAGGCCAUUCGAUUUUGAGUUUUUCAGCCAGCUGCUUGAGAGGAUCCUCAAAGACGAUGAAAGGAAACGGCUUAAUAGGAACAAGGUUACACUUGGAAAAAAGCCAGCCAAUCCCAAACGGAAAAAAAAAGAGAAGAAAGCUGACCAGGACAAGGCCCUUGACGGGGGUGGAUCAGUCGAGGUGUCGGACAGUGAGGUUGCGGAGGGAGAUGCAGAUGCAGAGACGGCAGAGAAGGAGAAUGAAGACUCCCUCAAUGUGAAUGAAGGGGAGGCGAGCGCUGCUGGAGAUCCGGAUGCUAAAAAGAAAAGGAAACGCAAGAAGAACGAUGCAGAGUCCAGCGGACCAGCAACGAAAAAACCAUCUGAAGACUCAUCAGAGAGACAGCAGAAGGCGGCGAAAAAGCGUAAACGGAUAAAAUCUGUGGAAAUCUGUGAGGACUCUGAAGAGGUAGAUUAUGAAAACAUGCCUCCUCUUGAAGGAAGCCCAUACAGCUCACCUUGUCGGAGGGAAGACUCCGACACACCAGAGGUACCUGCACAGAUAAAGAAGCAGCAGAUUGCUGAGGAGGAGGAUGUCAGUGGCCCGGCAGAGGAGACUGCAGGACCAGAAGCUGCAGAAACACCCAAGCUGGCCCAGAGUUCACGACUUCAGAAACCAAAACCCUGCCUCAGACUGGCAACCAAGACGGGGGCAAAAGCUGCUGUUGACAAACCCAAUGAGCUUUCACAGGCGUCACACUUUAUAAGCCAUGGACAAGCAGCUGAGCCCCACUGUGUAGAAUCUGCCACUGAGGGUACAGCAGCGUCACAUCUGAAGAGGAGCACCGCUGGAGACAAGCGACCAUCCAGUGACAUUCACGAGGAGGAGGAGGAACAUGACAUUACUGCCAUUCAACAGAAAAUGUUACAAAAGCCCACUAGAUCCGGAAGAAUACCUAAAUUUUCCUCACAUCUGAAACAGCCCGAAGAUGAUGAACCUCCAGCAGCUUCGCCCUCUGCCUCCCCACCCUGGGAGGCAGUCUCGCCCCAAAGGAGAGGAAGAGGCCGGCCUCCACAGUUCCAGAAAGCUAAACCCAGCGCCCUGAAGGGGAGGGAUCAGAAGAAGGACCAGAGACCCGGGAAGACCGCUCUGGUGACCUUGAGGGCAUCUGUAAAAGAGACUGAAGAGAAUUCAGAUGAGGAGGGAGAACCGGUGAUGGAGGAAGAGGAUUCCUUUCCCAUGAACCCAGAGGAGUUGAACCAGGCCCCUGCGUUUGUGCCAGUCAGCCUGCGCUCGCCAGCGCCUGUCCCAGCUCAGGUGGAGGAGACUAUGGAGGAGCUGGAAGUCUCAGUCAGUGUCCCUGACACACGUUGUGCUAUUGAAGCAGAGCACCUACACCACAGUGACAGUGUGUGCAGUCAGUCACUAGACCAGAGUCCGGCAGAGACAGCAGUCACAGAAAACUGCUUGCAUUUAUUGGUAGAUGUGAUUGAAGUUUCCACUUCAGAGAAGGAUGAAGAUAACUCUCUGCCAGUGAAUGAUAGCAGUACAGACUCUGAUAGGAGCUGUCUGGCAGUGAAGAAGGACCUUGUGUGUCAGCCUUCUUCUGCAGCCAGUCCUGGAGAGAAUGAUUCAGGUGUCAGUGAGGAGCCUCCAUGCCAGGCACUGGAACCUGGGCUCGUGGAGAUGGAAAAGGCAGCCGCAGUGAGCCAGGAUUCAAUGCAGGCUGCGCAUUCCCAGGCUGGGACUUGUGAGGCCACUACUCGGGUCCUUCAUGAAACUCCUUCAGAGAUGCCAGGCGAGGAGACGGCAGUGAGGGCACAGGCAUUAAGAGACCCAUGCACACUGGAAGAAGCUGCCAACACCACUGGUGUUGUUAAUGCACCUGAAGUAUCUUGCGGCUCUAAGACACCGAGCCCAAACCAGGAGCGAGGCAGACGAAGCAGGUUCCCAAAGCCUAAACCCAACCUGGGUGGAAAAACAGCACAGCGCAGGAGUCUCGAGACAAAACCCCCCCAGAGUGACUCAGGACAGGACAGCUGUGAAGAUGCGUCACGGAAGGCUGAGGUGCACUUUGUUCAACAAAAGCCUGCAGAGGAAAAACAGAGUGAAGUUAAUAGCUGCAAAGAUGAGGGAGUUUCAGAAGAACUGAGGGAGGUCAAGGCAUUAUCUUUAUCAUUCUCUGAAGAGGGACUGAGAAAAGAUGGCACCGAUAUUGUUGUUAAUGCACCUGAAGCAUCUUGCGGCUCUGAGACACCGAGCCCAAACCAGGAGCGAGGCAGACGAAGCAGGUUCCCAAAGCCUAAACCCAACCUGGGCGCAAAAACAGCACAGCGCAGGAAUCUCGAGACUAAACCCCUCCCGACUGACUCAGGACAGGACAGCUGUGAAGAUGCGUCACGGAAGGCUGAGGUGCACUUUGUUCAACAAAAGCCUGCAGAGGAAAAACAGAGUGAAGUUAAUAGCUGCAAAGAUGAGGGAGUUUCAGAAGAACUGAGGGAGGUCAAGGCAUUAUCUUUAUCAUUCUCUGAAGAGGGACUGAGAAAAGAUGGCACCGAUAUUGUUGUUAAUGCACCUGAAGCAUCUUGCGGCACUGAGACACCGAGCCCAAACCAGGAGCGAGGCAGACGAAGCAGGUUCCCAAAGCCUAAACCCAACCUGGGCGCAAAAACAGCACAGCACAGGAAUCUCGAGACUAAACCCCUCCCGACUGACUCAGGACAGGACAGCUGUGAAGGUGUUCAACAAAAGCCUGCAGAGGAAAAACAGAGUGAAGUUAAUAGCUGCAAAGAUGAGGGAGUUUCAGAAGAACUGAGGGAGGUCAAGGCAUUAUCUUUAUCAUUCUCUGAAGAGGGACUGAGAAAAGAUGGCACCGAUAUUGUUGUUAAUGCACCUGAAGCAUCUUGCGGCACUGAGACACCGAGCCCAAACCAGGAGCGAGGCAGACGAAGCAGGUUCCCAAAGCCUAAACCCAACCGGGGCGCAAAAACAGCACAGCACAGGAAUCUCGAGACUAAACCCCUCCCGACUGACUCAGGACAGGACAGCUGUGAAGGUGUUCAACAAAAGCCUGCAGAGGAAAAACAGAGUGAAGUUAAUAGCUGCAAAGAUGAGGGAGUUUCAGAAGAACUGAGGGAGGUCAAGGCAUUAUCUUUAUCAUUCUCUGAAGAGGGACUGAGAAAAGAUGGCACUGAUAUUGUUGUUAAUGCACCUGAAGCAUCUUGCGGCACUGAGACACCGAGCCCAAACCAGGAGCGAGGCAGACGAAGCAGGUUCCCAAAGCCUAAACCCAACCGGGGCGCAAAAACAGCACAGCACAGGAAUCUCGAGACUAAACCCCUCCCGACUGACUCAGGACAGGACAGCUGUGAAGGUGUUCAACAAAAGCCUGCAGAGGAAAAACAGAGUGAAGUUAAUAGCUGCAAAGAUGAGGGAGUUUCAGAAGAACUGAGGGAGGUCAAGGCAUUAUCUUUAUCAUUCUCUGAAGAGGGACUGAGAAAAGAUGGCACCGAUAUUGUUGUUAAUGCACCUGAAGCAUCUUGCGGCACUGAGACACCGAGCCCAAACCAGGAGCGAGGCAGACGAAGCAGGUUCCCAAAGCCUAAACCCAACCUGGGCGCAAAAACAGCACAGCACAGGAAUCUCGAGACUAAACCCCUCCCGACUGACUCAGGACAGGACAGCUGUGAAGGUGUUCAACAAAAGCCUGCAGAGGAAAAACAGAGUGAAGUUAAUAGCUGCAAAGAUGAGGGAGUUUCAGAAGAACUGAGGGAGGUCAAGGCAUUAUCUUUAUCAUUCUCUGAAGAGGGACUGAGAAAAGAUGGCACCGAUAUUGUUGUUAAUGCACCUGAAGUAUCUUACUGCUCUGAGACACCGAGCCCAAACCAGGAGCGAGGCAGAAGAAGCAGGUUCCCAAAGCCUAAACCCAACCUGGGCACAAAAACAGCACAGCGCAGGAAUCUCGAGACUAAACCCGCCCAGAGUGACUCGGGACAGGACAGCUGUGGUGAUGCAUCAAAUAGUCCUGCAGUGGACAUUGCGCCUCAUCAUCCUGUAGAUGAAAAGAAGUGUGACAGUAGCAGAGAUGAAGGCAUUGCAGAGAAACUGGGUGACAGGGAUUCAUCAUCCUGUGCAGAAGGACUGAAACAAGAUAACACUAACAUAAGACCUGCAUUGGAAAGUCUCCCUAAACCAACAGAUGAGGAUGAAAGGGUUGAGAAAAAACCAGCAAAGCCACCACUUCGAAGACCUAAACCUAAUCUCAGUGGAAAGCUGAGAAUCAGGAUCCCUCCAGAGAAGGAUGCCUCUACAGCAGCCAGCACUGGAAAGGAACAAAAUGCCAUUCCAGAGGACGGAACGGUUUCAACAUUGGAUUCUCCUGUAUCAAAAAAGGCUGAAGUCAGAAGCCCCAAAGCUGAUGAAAAACCCAGUACAUCAGUUAUCUCACAAAACACAGAAGGGAGCCUUGCAGCAAAUGAAUUCCCACAGCAAGAACCAACUUUUAUACUAACAUUGUUUGAAAUCCCCCCUUCGUUGCUGGGGGAUUACGAUGACAGCACCAGUUCUCUGAGCACAGUCUCAGCAGAGCUUCUUUCCUCCCCUGUGUUUGUAGAUCAUGUGCCUGCAGAACUCCCUGAAACACAGAGUCUAGUUUCAGAAGCAGUGGAAGUAGAGUCCUACUCAAUGUCUGGAUGCACUGAGGAUGCAGGGAUAGUUUCCUUGGAUCAGUUUUCACAACCUGUCUACAGGAGUGGUGAAGAGGGAGAAUCCAAAGAACUUCCUGCAACUUUGGCACAUGUAAAAGAUCUCACAACAGACUUGGGUGAGGAGGAAUACGUGAGCAUUACCUUGGAGCCAGUGGAGGAUUUCCCAGCAGCUGCUGAAGCUGACAGUGCUGAGACGAGCAACGGUGCCGCUCAGCAAUCCAGGCAAAAGAACAAACCACCAGGGAGGCCAAGAAGAGGAAAGCUGCAGGUGAAACCCAACACCUCGAAGAAGCAGCCUCCAGUGAGCACUGGGGCUCGUGGGGCUUUGAAGGUCAUGCACAUAGAACCACAAGAGCGCCCCCUGUCAGCAGAGACUGCCAGCUGUACACCUCUUCCACAACCUUCAGAGGAGCAUUCUACACAAGAGGAGUGUAGCCAGCGUGAAGGAGAAGAGGCCAGCAAUAGCAGUGUGAAAGCCACAGAACCAAGCACUGAAAACAUUGGUGCAGGAGAGCACCUGACUCUCAGCACAGCAAACACUCUACCUCCUUCUGUAAACCCAUUAAUAAGGCCUGGACGGAAACCCAAAGGGUUUUUAUCUUUCAUUUCCCAGAAGAGUAGCUCUGAUAAUUCCCCUAAGCCUCACCGGACAACAUCCCAGAAACCACAGAUUAGUACCACUGGAUUAGAUAGAAAAAGGACAGCUACUGGCCCUGCAGUGGAUCUCUCAUCAGAGUCCUCCGCAGGGAGCCCACCUUCAGCAGGAAUGCGAUUGUGUGCGUCCCGCAGCAGCACUCCAGUGGCAGAGCGAGUCGGCACUGCAUCAUCUCAAUUAAUACAUUUUCCCAUGAUGGAAAGCUGCUCCUCAGAGUCUAACAUAGAGGAGGUCUUCUGUACCAAGAACUCUGCCGUAGACAAAGAGCCAACCAGCAUUUCACAGUACUUCUUUAGUGACAUCUUCACAGAGGUGGACGACACAGAUUGAUGAUGUGAAUCGUUAUUGAUACUGUGACCUGGUUGGAAUAUAUA